AGGCCGGUGCCCGCUCCAAGAUGGCGGUGCAGGAGUCAGCUGCCCAGCUCUCAAUGACUUUGAAGGUGCAGGAGUACCCCACGCUCAAGGUGCCGUAUGAAACCCUGAACAAACGGUUUCGAGCUGCCCAGAAGAACAUUGACCGAGAGACGAGCCACGUGACGAUGGUGGUCGCAGAGCUGGAGAAGACGCUGAGCAGCUGCCCCGCUGUGGAUUCUGUCGUUAGUCUCCUCGAUGGAGUAGUCGAAAAACUCAGCGUCCUGAAGAGGAAGGCAGUUGAAUCAAUCCAGGCUGAAGAUGAGAGUGCGAAACUCUGCAAACGCAGAAUUGAACAUUUGAAAGAGCACAGUAGUGACCAGCCAGCUGCUGCAAACAUGUGGAAGAAGAAGCGCAUGGAUCGCAUGAUGGUGGAACAUCUCCUCCGCUGUGGCUACUACAACACGGCUGUAAAACUAGCUAGACAAAGUGGUAUUGAGGACCUGGUAAACAUUGAAAUGUUUUUGACCGCUAAAGAAGUGGAAGAAUCAUUGGAAAGGCAAGAGACGAUGACUUGCUUGGCUUGGUGUCAUGAUAACAAAUCCCGGCUCAGGAAAAUGAAGAGCUGUCUGGAGUUCAGCCUAAGGAUUCAGGAGUUCAUUGAACUCAUUCGGCAGAACAAGAGACUGGAUGCUGUGAGACAUGCGAGAAAGCAUUUCAGCCAGGCUGAGGGAAGCCAGCUGGAUGAAGUUCGGCAGGUGAUGGGCAUGUUGGCUUUUCCUUCGGACACUCAUAUCUCCCCCUAUAAGGAUCUCUUGGACCCCGCUCGAUGGAGAAUGCUGAUCCAACAGUUCAGAUAUGAUAACUACAGGCUGCAUCAGCUGGGAAACAAUUCUGUUUUUACUAUAACCCUCCAGGCAGGCCUUUCAGCUAUAAAAACACCACAGUGUUAUAAAGAGGAUGGGAGCUCCAAAAACCCAGACUGCCCCGUGUGUAGCAAAUCCCUGAACAAGCUGGCGCAGCCUCUGCCCAUGGCACAUUGUGCCAACUCCCGACUAGUCUGCAAGAUUUCAGGGGAUGUAAUGAACGAAAAUAACCCUCCCAUGAUGCUACCAAAUGGAUAUGUCUACGGAUACAAUUCCCUGCUUUCUAUUCGUCAAGAUGACAAAGUAAUUUGCCCGAGAACCAAAGAAGUCUUCAACUUCUCACAGGCUGAGAAAGUCUACAUCAUGUAGGUCCAUAAAACGUGCUGAAGUGCCGCUGGGAUUUGACACAGUGAAUAUUGGCAUACCCUGCCGAGGGGGGGGCCUUAAUGUGUGGCAAAGAAGCAAAAAUCCGCCGCCUUGGGGAUCAGACCAGUCGGUGGCAUUAUUGUUUCUUGCGACCAAAGAUCAAUGAGCAACAAUAAACACUCGUUAUGAGAGGAAUUAUGACUUAAGUUUGUACUUGAAUAGAAACAAAAGCAAAUGUUGAUUGUUAAGGUUUUGUAACAUAAGGUCAAAAAUUGGACUCUUCUCAAAAGUACUUUCAUCUUCUAAAGGAUUAACUUUCUUUGGAGAUGGACACUUGCACUGGGGGAAAAGUUACAGCUGAUCUGAAAUUAAGUCCAUUUUCCUUCCCUGUUUUUCACAAUUGUCCAAGACCCUUUUGUUAACAAAGAUUUCAGUACAAGUAUGUUCUCCUUUGAGCAACUCCUUGCCUUCUUUAUGAUCCUCUCGUGAAGUAAUCCUGACCACGAAUCAUGUAACUUAUUUCCAUGGGAAGAUGUUGAGGUCACUGACACAAGACUGGCUUCUCUGGAGGAUCAACUAGGGACUGGUUUGAAGGAGUAUGAAGUCUUUUUCCAAACCCAAAUAAUUUAAGGAGGUUGCAUAAGUAUCAAGAGAAACUGAGAACAUUUCAGGCAAAGUACACUGCUUGUUUAAAUGUUCUUUUUCCAGUCUACCAUAGUGUUAAAGUCCUUCUAAAGUUAUUAGUUAUGUGCAUAGGGUUCAAUAUGAAAUCAUUAGUGCUACUGCCUUAUUUCUUGCUUUGAGAAUGUACUCACAUGAAAAUGAGCUGGUAUUCUUAAGUGUUGGGCGAAGUUUCUGAAGAUGCCUUGCAGGAUGAUUACAUAAUUUUAGGGUCUAAAUAGUAUUCAUUACUGAAACUAAUAGUUCAAUUUUAAUGACUACAGAACACAUCCUUAUGACUUUUCAAGAGAAUUAAACCAUUGUAGUUUAAACAAAACCAUAUUGUAGA